AGUUAUUAAGUAAAAUAUUUAUUUAAAAUCAUAUAAAUCAUGGUAAAAUCAUUUUUUUAUAAAAACACAAAUUAAACACUUUAAAAGCUCCCUGUCCAGCAGGAGUAUAUUUUUUUCGACUUAUCUGCAACAUUUUCCACCUUUGCCUCCUCUGGAACUUCUCCUUGGUGCACAGCAGUCAUCACUGCUACUAGUAUAGGAAUCGUAGGAAUCUGAACUAUCGGAAUAAUCGCUUGAAGAUGAAUCGUCAUAUCUGCAAGAAUUUCUUUUGCUGGUUGGCUAAAAAACACGAGAAAACCGUUUUUAAUGAAACUGACCAAUCAGAAUCAUUCUUAAGUCUUUAAAUGGAUGAUUGUAAUUGGCUCCAAAGUCAAAGCACUGCUAAACAUUAUAAAAAAACAUGUGGUGCGUUUUUUCUUUGAUUUUUACUUUACAGAAGUGUAAAACUUACUUUGCAACAUGACGUUGAUUUUCUAGAACAAGCGGUACUUUUUCUAGUUGUGCUUUUCUUAGCUGCAGGUUUUUUUGCCGCGGUUUUUCCACGUGGUUUGCAGGGUGCACAAGAAGAACGACAACUAGGCAUUAUAAUGGAUAAAAACUAAAAACAAUAAUAAUACCUACAUUCAACUUUUAUAAAAUGCAAUAAAUCUAAUAUAAUAAAUCUAACUUAGAGCAUUCUUACCUUUUACUGUGUUAAACGUUCAAAAACUGGACAUAAAAUAACGGUUUUGAAAAAAUUCACCGUUUUUAUACCCCUUCAGGCAAAAAAUCUUAGAAAAACUCACAAUCCACACAAAAAAAACUUAAAAUUCGCGCUAAUUUAGUUGGCAGCAAUUUAAAUCAGCGCUAUUUAAUUUUGAACUGUUGGCACUACUUAGCAGUUGGUAGCGCCGUAAAAGAUAAACGUCAAAUUUUCGCGCGUUGGUUUUUCGAGGCGUUUUUUAGCGUUAUUUGUUGUUAACAACAAUUAAAUAAUGUCAAAACGACAGAGUAAUACAUUGUUUAAUUAUUUUUCGUCGCCCAAAGGUAAACCAACUCCCGAAAAGAAGGGGAAAUUGAGUGUUACGAAAGACCCCGAAUAUGUUCCUAAAAAUGAUGAAAGUAGUGAUAGUGAGGGAGAAAUUACCAUUGCGCCUAAAAAGCGCACCAGAAUUUUGUCUGACAAUGAGUCAGACAGCGAAAAUGAAGUCCCAAAUAAGCAAACUAAUAAAAAAACUAAACUGGACUUAUCACAAUACAAAAACUCGCCUUUAAAAGUUGAUAAAACUCCCAAUAAAACACAAUCACAAGAAAAAUUUGAUUCCCUGGAAAAUAAACAAACAAAACUUCCUGAAAACACAACUGUUGAUAUGCAUUCGAAUUGGACACAUAACCAGCUAGACUUUUUAAAACCAAACAAAAUAAGAGACAUAAAAAAAAAUAAACUAGAUCACCCCGAUUAUGAUCCUACAACUUUGCAUGUUCCUGAGGAUUUUUUGAACAAACAAACCCCUGCAAUGAGGCAGUGGUGGAUUUUAAAGAGUACACAUUACGAUUCUGUGCUGUUUUUCAAAGUUGGCAAGUUCUAUGAGUUGUAUCACAUGGAUGCUGUUGUGGGGGUGCAACAUUUGAGUUUUUCUUAUAUGAAGGGUGAUUUUGCUCAUUCAGGAUUCCCUGAAACAGCCUAUGCUAAAAUGGCAGGUACUCUAAUUGAGAAGGGGUUUAAAGUGGCCAGAGUAGAGCAAACUGAAACCCCUGAUAUGAUGAACGAAAGAAUAAAAACAACUGGUAAAAAAAGUAAAUAUGAUAAAGUUGUUAGUCGGGAAAUUUGCCAGGUCUCAACUAAGGCUACGACUGUGUUAACUGCUCAAAUGCCCGAGUCCAGAACUUCACAAGCUUGUUACAUGUUUGCUAUUACAGAAACGAUUCUUUCAAACGGUAAGAGCCGUUUUGGGGUAUGUUUUGUAGACACAACAAUUGGAAUUUUUCGUUUAUCUGAAUUUGUUGAUGAUAAGCACUGCUCAAAACUGCUAAGUUUAUUUGCAGAAAAUCCACCUGGAUUGAUCCUCACUGAAAGGUCCAAAAACAAAACAACCUACACAGACCUUCUAAACACAACUUACAAAGAUAUCCGCAAGGAGAGUUUGGUAUCGAAAACCCAGUUUUACACGGCUCAAAAAACCCUUGAGAAGCUCUCGACAAGCUGCUAUUUCAAGGACAAGGACGGUAAUUUUCAUUGGCCGAAAGUUUUCGAAAAAUUGGCCGACAAUUGCAUGCCCAAUCCCGAUUACGAAUUGGUUAUAAAAAGUAUCGGCGCUUGUUUGUAUUACUUGAAAAAUUCCGAGAUCGACAUUCAAAUUUUUUCCAUGGGGAAGUUCGAGUUUUACGAGGCUUUGGAUCUGAGGGCGAAAAAUUCCGAGAGUUUGAAAAGGGAUUACAUGGUUUUGGACCAUGUUACCAUCAAAAAUUUGGAUUUGCUGGGCCCCAAGGGUACACUGCAGAAAACUUUGGAUUACUGUCAGACUGCGUUUGGAAAAAGGUUAUUAAUUCAAUGGAUUUGCCGUCCACUCUGCGACGCUCCAAAAAUCGAAGAACGUCAAAAAGCUGUCUCAGAACUUUGGAAUAACCCAGCUAUGCUAAAAUCAGCCCAAGAAAUCCUCAAAAAAUUGCCCGACCUGGAGAGGCAAGUUGCAAAAAUUCAUACAUAUGGUAACCGAUUCUGCGCUCAAAAUCAUCCGGACGGACGAGCAAUUUUCUACGAAGCCGUCACAUAUUCCAAACGUAAAAUUCAGGACCUCCUAAAGACGCUGAGGGCGUUCGAAAAAGUGCAAGAAUUGCCCGAAAUCUUUAACGGCUGCGAAUCGCGAUUGCUAAGGAAAUUAACCCACAACGAACCUCAAGGUCAUUUCCUGGAUUUAAGCGAAACGUUAAAGUUUUUCAGGAACAGUUUCGAUCAUGCGGAAGCCGAGAAAGAGGGCAAAAUAAUCCCGAAAAAAGGAUUAGAUGCCGAUUAUGACGACAUAGAGGAAAAAAUUGCGGAUAUUAAUAAAGAUUUGGGCGAUUAUUUGAGUCAGCAGAGCAAGAAGUUUGGGUGUAAGGUGACAUAUUUUGGUAGUGAUAAAAAAAGGUUUCAAUUGGAUAUACCUGAGAAUAAAACCAAGCAUGUGGAUGAGGAUUAUCAGCUGGAAGGAUCAAGGAAGGGGAAAUCGAAGAGAUAUCAUACUGAGGAAACCAGGCAAUUUUUGGCAGAUAUGCUCAAAGCAGAAGCCGAAAAGGCCAAAAUAAUUCUGGAUUUGAACCGCAGAAUUUUCGAAAAAUUCAGUCAGAGAUACGACGAAUGGGACAAAGUCAUACAAUGCCUCACCAUUUUGGACGUGUUAUGCUCUUUGGCCGAGUAUGCACGUUCAUUUUCACAGGACAUUUGUAUGCCCAAAAUCAAAGAUGACAACAACCAACAAAUUAUCAUCGAGAAUGGCAGACAUCCUUGCGUGAUGAAUGUAGAUAAUUUUGUUCCGAAUGAUUUGCAAAUGGGUGUGGAAAAUUUCGCAAAAAUUUUGAUUUUAACAGGGCCCAACAUGGGCGGUAAAUCCACUUUGAUGAGGCAGGCUGCACUAAUUUCCGUUAUGGCCCAAAUGGGAAGUUGCGUUCCGGCCUCCCUAUGCGAACUAAACCUCAUAGACCGGAUUUUCACGCGUCUAGGCGCCCACGACGACAUCAUACAGGGCCAAUCACGUUCUUCGUGGAAUUGUCCGAAGCAUCGGCAAUCUUGCAACACGCCACACAAAAUUCCCUCGUCCUGUUGGACGAGCUCGGCCCGCGGCACCAGCACCCACGGACGGCAACGCCAUUGCCACCGCAUAUUUAAAAAAAAUAACCAGUAUCAAGUGCAGAACCAUGUUUGCCACGCAUUACCAUUCGCUGGUUGACAGGUUCAUCGGCAACGAGGAUAUUCAGCUAGGUCAUAUGGCAUGCAUGGUAGAAAAUGACGAAGAUCCCACCCAAGAAUCCGUGACAUUCCUUUACAAAAUUGCAGAGGGCCGUUGUCCGAAAUCCUACGGUUUCAACGCUGCCAGAUUGGCAGGACUGAAUCAUGACAUUGUCGCGAAAGGCCGCGACGUUGCCAAAUCGUUGGAAAUGGAGAACAAAAAUCGCACGUUAUUCAGCAAGAUUUUCAAGAGCAUCGACAAUAUCGAUGAUGUGAGAAAAAUGAUUGCAAAGUUAAGUUUUUAAUUUUACAAUUUUAAGUAAGCAUUUUUUUAUUUUUAUGUUAUGUAUAAUGAUAUAAAGUUUCUGUUUUGUAUUAAAUAAACUUUUUUUACAUUUAA